AUGUCUUAUCGCGUUGAACUCGCAACUACUGCGCGGGCUGGAUGUCAAAACAAGGAAUGUAAAGAUUCUGGUAUCAAAAUCCAGAAAAAUGAGUUGAGACUUGGUACUUGGGUUGAGAUUCAAGAACAUGGAGGUUGGCAAUGGAAACAUUGGGGAUGUGUCACUGGAAAACAACUUGAGAAUAUGAGAAAUUAUCUUGAAGAUGGCAAGGGAGGCUAUAUGUUUGAUAAGAUGGAUGGUUAUAAUGAUGGUGGAAAGGGUAGUUUAGAUGAUCAUCCCGAAAUGCAGGAGAAGGUCAGACGAGUUGUGAUGCAAGGAUUCAUUGAUCCUGAAGACUGGAAAGGUGACCCGGAAAUGAACACCCUUGGCCAAACAGGAACUCGUACCUCCGAAUCAAAGAGAAAGAUCAAGGAGCAAAAGUCUGCUGAAAUGGGUGAUCUAACCGAGCUCCAAGCUAAAUUGGAUGAAGCCGAACAGGAAAAGCAGCAACUCAUUGAUGAUGGAAAGGCGAAUGGUAUGAAAGUCAAGGCUCUCAAUAAGAAGAUUGCAGAAUAUGCCAAGGAAAUGACUGCUCGUCGAAAGGAAGAGGAGAAACAAAAGGCAGAAAUAGAAAGAAAUGCAGUAAAGUCAGAGAAGGCCAAUACACCAAAGAAGAGAAGUAGAGUGAAGAAAGAAGAGCUUGACGAAGAAGAAGAAGAGGAUGAAAAGCCCGCAAAGAAGAGGAGAGGCGGAAAGGUCAAGAAAGAAGAGGAAUCUGAGGAAGAAGUUAUGCCUGCUAGAAAAGCUCGUGGAAGAAAGGCUGCGGUCAAGAAGGAAGAAGAUAUUGAAGAAGAUGAGGAGGACGUUAAGCCCGCUCCUGUCAAGAAGUCAAGAGGAAAAGCAUCCAUUGUCAAAAAGGAAGAGAAUUCCGAAGACGAGGAAGACACCAAAACAGCCCCUGCCAAGAUUUCCAAAGGAAAAGCUCCUGCUAUCAAGAAAGAGGAUGACAUCGAAGAUGAGGAAGAUACAAAAUCCGCCCCAUCUAGGAAUUCUCGCGCCAAGAAGCCAGUUGUUAAAAAGGAAGUUAAAGAAGAGGAUUCCGAAGAUGAAGAAGGCACCAAACCAGUCCCUGUCAAGAACUCUCGAGCCAAAAAGCCAGUCGUCAAAAAUGAAGUUAAAGAAGAGGAUUCCGAGGAUGAAGAAGGCACCAAACCAGUUCCUGUCAAGAACUCUCGAGCCAAAAAGCCAGUCGUCAAAAAGGAAGUCAAGGCAGAAGAUGAUGACGAAAACGAGAUCCUAACCAAGACUAAACCAGCCCCAGUCGCGAAGAAAGGUGGAAAGCAGUCAAAGAAAGUUAAGGAGGAAGCCGCAUCGGUAACCCCAGAAUUGGCUUCUGAUAAUGAUACUUCGAAGGAUCAAAAGUUUGAAGCUGAGGACGAAGAGAUGAAGGAAGAGGAAGAGGAAGAGGAAGAAGAGGAAGUUAAGCCAAUUGUUAAGAAGACCAGAGGACGUGAAGUAGAAGACCCGCCAGGAAGUCAAGAGCAUGAUCCACGCACUUUGGAUCUACUAGCCACCAUUCAACAAUAUUCAAAUGGUAUAUAUAAAACUAGGGGACGUGGUCUCACCGGUAGACAGUUGCGUCUCAUGGCUGCGAUUCUUAGAGGCGGGGUGUGUCGGCCGGAAAGAUAUUAUAUGUAG